UUUUCUUUCUUUCUGAAUUUUUCGCUCUCGUUUUUCUCGCCAUCGACCGUCAUUGUCGUUUUAACGAUAUUUGCCACCGUCUCGUGAGUUGUGUGUGUGUGUGCGCGAGUUAAAACUUAAAAUGGUCGUUUCCAUUAGAAAAAAAAUUCAUUAAAAAAAUACUCAUGUAGGCCACACCGUUGCUUUAGUAGUACUACCCGGCGAUGGCCCGUGCUCUUUUCCGCGUUAACGUCGUCCACGAUGUCCGUUUGAUAUUAUAAUUCGAAAAAUAAUAAAUUCGUCUAUUAAAUGUUAAUGGUUUUUGGUUUGCAACCGAAACCGCUAUGGACUACCCUCCCGUGCAUGAAGAACACAUGAAUUUUGUAUGGAUGAACGGAAACGAUGUUUUUAUAUCACAGUUGCAGAGCGACCACGCUUUGGGAACAACAGCCAUGGAUCCUGUGUUUUACGAAAACACAAUACCACAACUGGAAACAAUUCAACCGAGAAUAGAAAUGAACAAUUAUAUUGUUUACGACCAAACAAAAGACGUUGAAAACUCAUCUGGAAUUUGGGGUUUCAAAAACAACGAAGAAAGCCAACAUAUAAACGAGGGUUGUGCACAAGAGAAAAAAGGUUCUGGUUCGCGAAAAAUCAAACCUAUACAAAACCCCGCACUCAAGUUGAAAACCCCAAUUGCAUAUCAACGAGACUCCGAUCCUAAUAUGUUACCAAUCGAAAAAGAAGGAAGAGCUGUAUGUGUUAAUUGUGGAGCGAUCGGCGUCAAGCAUUCGUUUUAUACCAAACGAAGAAACUAUUGUAGUCAGUCAUGUGUUAAAGCAGCAAUAGAAACGUGUGAAGAUUUGGGCGAAACAACGAGUCAAUCUGCUCUAGAAGAAACCGAAGUGUCGGCAACCAAUCAAUCAAAUGAAAAUUUGUCUUUAAACGAAACACCAAAACCGGAUGUGAAUAAUUUUCUCAAUCCAAUCGCUAAAGAACAAUCUGUUGCACAACAAAAAACAGACGAGGAAUCUAACGACGACGAGUCAGUUUCGUAUGUAAUGUAUCCCACAGACGAUGAUGCACUUUUUCCACCAGACAAAAGGCCGUGUCGUCCCGUGCAACAAUCGUACAACUGGGUCAAAGAUUUGACGACCAAAAACUAUCAAGUGGCGCCGGUGCAUUGUUUUCGUUACGCUCCGAUGUCGGAUUGUUGGGACGAUAUGACCGUUGGUAUUAAAGUGGAAGUAGUCAAUACGGAUUGUGAUAAUUUUAGCGAAGAAUAUCCGGAUUAUUUUUGGGUUGCCUCCAUCGUACACAUUGCGGGGUAUAAAGCAAAAUUAAGGUACGAGGGAUAUGAAUCGGACGACAGCAGUGACUUUUGGGUAAAUUUAUGCUCUAGCAUAGUGCACCCUGUUGGAUGGUGUGCGACCCGGGGUAAACCCUUAAUACCGCCUAAAUCUAUUCAAUCUAGGCAGCGUGAUUGGAAGGAAUUUUUAGUUCGACGUUUAACUGGAGCGAGAACAUUACCUUCAAAUUUUCGCAUGAAAAUUUUCGAAUCUUUAAAGUCCAAAUUUCGUAUUGAUUUAACUCUCGAAUUAGUCGACAGAGAAUAUAUAUCAAAAGUGAAGGUGGCUAACAUUUUAAAUAUAAUCGGUAAACGGUUAGAAUUGAGAUACUACGAUGAUGAAGAACAAGUGUUUUGGGUACACGAGAAUUCGCCAUUGGUUCAUCCGGUAGGUUGGGCCGGUCGGGUAGGCCAUGACUUGUGCGCAUCCGAUGAGUAUCGUGAUCGUAUAUCCAAAGGACUGCGAGAUAAGGACGACGCCACCGAAGAUCUGUUUCCCAUGUCGUUGUCGCAUAGAGCUGGAUUUCUAGUGGGAAUGAAAUUGGAAGCAAUCGAUCCUCUUAAUCUUGCUACGAUAUGUGUCGCGACAAUUAUGAAAGUGUUAAACGACGGCUACUUGAUGAUCUCCAUAGACUUCUACAACAGCACUCCGAAAGAUUGGUUUUGUUAUCAUUGUAGUUCUGCUAGUAUUAUGCCGGCUGGAUUUUGCGACACUCAUGGCAUAAAUUUGAAACCUCCUCAAAACUACUCUGAACCGUUUAAAUGGAAAGAAUACUUGGAACAAUCGGGCAGUGUAGCAGCUCCUAAACAUCUUUUCGACCUGGAGGUGCCUAAACACGAGUUUCAAACCGGUAUGAAACUUGAGUGCACCGAUUUGAUGAAUCCUCAUUUAGUGUGCGUCGCGACCAUAGCGAGAAUCGCCGGAAGACUCGUCGAAGUUCAUUUUGACGGAUGGGAAAACGAUUUUAACCAGUGGGUGGAUUGUUGUUCGCCCGACAUAUUUCCAGUUGGCUGGUGCGAGCUGGUCGGAUACAAACUCGAAGGACCCGUUGUCAGUCAGCAGACUAACGAAGUGCGGCACGCCAAACCGAAAGUGAAAAAAGCUAAGAAGCGAAUAACAAUAAAAAAAUCCACCGAACUAUCGCGUGUGAUGCCAUCAGCUAUCCCAACAUCUUGUUACACUUCGUUCGAUUUAUGCCAGACUUGGGCGGCAAAUAAUAAAAUAUCUUCAAACUGUGAAAGAAGUCCAGUUUCGGCCACCGAACCUUUGGGUCCGGAUCAGUCGUUACCCGUUGCUUGUAAUGUAACUACUAUAAAAGAGGACCGUUCAUGUGACAAAUCUUUCCUAGAAACAGAUGCCGAAACGUGGAGCGAAAGAGACGUGUGCCAAUUUUUGACGUUCAACCACUGUGCAGCGUAUUGCGGUGUAUUUAACGUCGAUGGCAAAAAACUGUUGAACCUCACAAAAGAAGAGAUUAUCCACAUGACUGGUAACAAAGUGGGACCAUCGCUGAAAAUCUUUGAUCUUAUUCAACAGUUAAAAAACAAAGCGAAAAGGAAAAAAUAUUUAUGAACUGCGCUUUUAUUAUUUUUAGGAACAAUUUGUAAAAAAAAUAUUUUUAAAAAUGUCAGAUUUGACACUUUUAUUAAAUUAAACCAUUGUAUUUAAUUUUAACGUAUAUUACAAGCUAAUAUUACUAAUAGUAAUUACAAAUAGCAAUAGCGUAACUUUUCAACUUAUAACUUAAACUAUGCAAUAUUUUGAAACGUUGAACGAACCUUUUACAUGGUGAUGUAUUAAACAACCAAGAAACGAUAUGUCGAAAACGGCAAAUAGAAUAAUUUUACGAUAAAACCACUUGCUCAAAAUUGUGCCCUUACUAUAUUGUUAUAGAGAAUUGUACUGAUUACAGUCUUUAGAAAAUUCGAAUUUAUAUUAUGAAAAAUUGUAAAAUGUUUAUUGACAAAUGUUUAAAUAAUAAUUAGUCUAAUUUCUAAGUUAUAAUGUUGAAUUUUAGAUUACGAAUCGAUUAUUUUUCUAAAAACUAUUAUUGUAUUUCAUUCGCAUCGUCAAAUGUGAGAUUUAAGUGCUUUUAAAUUUAUAUAAAAUAUUUUAGUAUUAAAACGACAAUUUGAUGUAUUGUACACGAUUUGCCUUGUAUAAGUUAGCUAAUAUUAUAAUGUUUACCUAUAUUUGACAGAGUAAAUGCUUGUUUUACAAAAUAAAUAAUUCAAUGUGAUUUGUUUGGAUGUUGAUAAGUCUUGGUACAAUGAUAAAUCUUAAUUUUGUUUGUUUAUAAUAAUAAUUAUUAUACCUAUAUUUUUUU